GUGAUGUGAUCACGAGGAGAUCAACAAUCUUGGCAGUCAUGCGCUAAUUUCGUACUUAAGGCAGGGAUUUGUUCAUCUGCAGAAGGGGGUUAUUAAUCUAGCCAGCAAUUUGUGUGAAAAGAAUGUAUUUAGGAGGUAGGAUUAUCAUUCUUUCAAAAGUAGAUUUCAGACACUCUUAAAGAAUCUCAGUUAUACUGACAUCAGUUACACUGGCUUAAUUAUGAGAAGGGAUCACUCCCUUAAACCUUAAAUUAAUAACACGUUACUUUAACUAAAAUAAUAAUUUACUUAAGCGUAAUUUAUCAAACAUACAGUAAACAGGGAUAUUUUGUAAAUCUGAUUUAGCUGUUGUGUUUGCAUAGGCUAUCGUCAUUAAAGACAGUAAGGACUGUAAGUGUAAACAAAGAUAGGCGGGGACACUUACUUUUUUCGCAGGGAUGUGGAAGUAUUGGUUUUUGGCUGUCUUGUGCGGCGUUGUACGCUCCCAGUUUCCUAGAGAAUGUGUAACCCCAGAGACACUUCGCAGUGGAGAGUGCUGUCCGUCUCCAACUGGGGUACCGAAUGACAGCUGUGGGUCUAGCACAGGACGAGGACAGUGUGUAGCAAUAAAUGCAGACAGUCGACCACACGGACCACAGUAUCCACACGAUGGACUCGACGACCGUGAACGCUGGCCCCUUAGGUUCUUCAAUCGUAGCUGUCAGUGCAAUGGGAACUUCUCGGGUUAUAACUGCGGACGAUGUAAGCAUGGGUUUACCGGAAUAGACUGCGACCAGCGUACCCCUAUAGUUAGGAGAAAUAUUAUGGAAAUGAACACAGAUGAAAAAAGAUUUUUUGUGAAUGCAUUAAACCAAGCCAAGGGUACAGUACACCCCAACCUGGUCAUUGCAACCAGACGCUAUCAGGAGAUCUUUGGACCGGAUGGCAACACUGUGCAGUUUGAGAAUAUCACCAUAUACAACUUUUUUGUGUGGUCACACUAUUAUUCUGUCAGCAAAACAUUCCUUGGAGCUGGACAGCAGAGUUUUGGAGGAGUAGAUUUUUCCCAUGAGGGUCCUGGGUUUCUUACCUGGCACAGGUAUCACCUGCUACAGCUUGAGAUGGACAUGCAGGAUAUGCUUCAAGAUCCGUCCUUUGCUCUUCCUUACUGGAACUUUGCCAUUGGUGGAAACAACUGUGACAUCUGCACAGACGAAUUAUUUGGAGCAAGAAGUAACUUUGACCCAAACCUGAUCAGUUCUAACUCUGUAUUCUCGCAGUGGAGAGUUAUUUGUGAAAGUGUUGAUGACUAUGACACUCUUGGAACUAUAUGUAACAGCACUGAAAGUAGUCAAAUCAGAAGAAACCCUGCUGGGAAUGUUGCCAGACCAAUGGUACAACGCCUACCUGAGCCUCAGGAUGUCAUUCAAUGUCUAGAAGUCAAUAUCUUUGACACUCCACCCUUCUAUUCCACUUCAUCAGAGAGCUUCAGGAACACAGUGGAAGGUUAUAGCGCACCUUCUGGAACAUACGACCCAAUUGUACGCAGUUUGCAUAACCUAGCACACCUUUUCUUGAAUGGCACUGGAGGACAGACACAUCUUUCACCAAAUGAUCCCAUAUUCAUCUUGUUGCACACAUUUACUGAUGCUAUAUUUGAUGAGUGGCUGAGAAGACAUAGCCCUGAUGUUUCAGUUUACCCUUUAGAAAAUGCUCCAAUUGGUCACAACAGACAAUAUAAUAUGGUCCCAUUCUGGCCUCCAGUUACCAAUGCUGAAAUGUUUGCUGCAGCUCCUGAUAAGCUUGGGUAUUCGUAUGAGGUUCAAUGGCCAAGUCGUCCUUACAGCCUCACGGAGAUAAUAACCAUUGCAGUGGUGGCCGCUCUGAUUGUAGUCGCCAUCAUUUUUGCUGCCACCACCUGUGCUGUUCGUGCAAGAUCACAUAGUCAUGGCAGAAAUGAAUCUCGGCAGCCACUGCUCGGAGAGCACUAUCAGCGCUACUCUGAGGACCAUGAGAGAAUCCAAGAUAAAACCCAGUCUGUAGUUUAAGUUACAAGCAACAGGCUUGUAAGCUUUGUAAUUAUUCGCUUGAAAGUUUUCUUUUGAAAAAAAACUUUUUUUUUUCCAGACCUAUCUCUAUGGUAACAUGGAAGUAGUUUUUCACUCCUUAAAGAAAAAAAAAACAUGUACGUGUGACUUUCUUGGUAAGAUGAAAAAACAGGUGGUCCAUACAUAGCAAUAUCACUAAUCAAAGGUGUAAUGACCAAAAUUAAAAUUGAACCUCCAAACAUCC